GAUCCGUGGAAACCCUGUACAAAGUGUAACGCAUCUAGCGCCCUGGAUGCCAGGGCAGAUCUUGAGCACCAGGGGCCAAAUGUGAAACGUUUCGUUUUACCCUCUGAUUUAUCAGGAAGGUAAUUAGCGCGGUGGCUGUGCUCUGUGCUGUGGAGGAUGCUGCUCUCGAACGCGGUCGCGGUCGGUCCUGCUCGCGGGGAUGAUUCAUCCGUUGUGCGCUGCAGGAACAGAGACCCGGAGAAACUCCCGGCUCGUCAAAGCCGUGUCGUUAUUAACGGGAGUCGCCAACCUGUCUCUGCAAUUAAUCACGCGCCUCCUCCUCGUCCUCCUUUUAAUAAUCAAUUACGGUGCGGCGAGAUUAAAUUAAUGAUGUAUAAAACCAUUUUGGAGCUACGCAACGUGGACAGUGCCGGCCCUCUCAGUUCAGCUGGAGGUCACUGGUAUCAGAUAUUGAGCUUAUUUGAUAGAAUGAAAGCAGACAAAGUAUCUUUUUUUGUUUUAUUCUAAAUAUUGUGCUGCUCGCGUUAAUGCUUGAAGCUGCUGUUUGUGCGGAGGAUUUGUGCUGAGUGUAAUGUCAGAUUAAUCGGAGGUACAAUCUUUAAUCAGUGAUUAGUGUCUCAAGCAAUUAAAUAUCCUUUUAUAUUAUUUCAUGGUAUUUUUUUUCCACUGUUGAAUAUGUAACAGGUACAUGCACAUGCUUAUUAAGUAUGCCCCAUUACCUUUCUCUGUGACGCCAUGGUUUUUUUUGUUUUUUUCCCCCUGAUCACGUGUGCUUGCACUAGCAGACUGAAAGACAGCGGCCUCCGCACCUGACUAUGUAGACCACCCAAGUCCCGCUUUGGAGGAGCCGAGGCGUUCCCUAGUUCUGAUGUCCCAUAGUACUGAUGUCAUACUGACCCCUCCCCCGCUCCCCCAGAUGUCCCCCUCUGAUUGGCCCGGUGGAAAGUGGUGGGCGGGGGCAGAUGGAGGCGAGCCAUUGUUCGGCGAGGACGUUCUGCGAACAUCUGGACGCGGCCCUUGGUGCGCCAUGCAGACUCCUGAGGCAGGCUCGGACGCCGCGUCCACCGUCCCUCUCCAGAGCGCAGUGCCCGCGCAGCCCGCCGUCGCUGCCCAGCAGGUGGCGCCACAGGUGCCCGUCCAGCAGCAGCAGGUCCAGACGGUGCAGCAGGUGCAGCACGUCUACCCGGCGCAGGUCCAGUACGUGGAGGAGAACAGCGGCGUCUACACCAAUGGAGCCAUCCGGACGUACUCCUACUCGGAGCCGCAGCUCUACAGCCAGAACAGCGGGGGGGCGUACUUCGACACGCAGGGCGGGUCGUCGCAGGUGACGACGGUGGUGACGUCCCACGGGAUGGCGGGGGGCGGGGACGGGGGCCUGACCAUGGAGCUGACCGGCGGCCAGAUCAUCAGCAGCUCGGGGACGUACAUCGUGGGGGCCGCCUCCAUGGACUCCUCCCCCCAUCCUGCCGUCCAGACCACCAGAGCCUCGCCGGCCACUAUUGAAAUGGCCAUUGAGACACUCCAAAAGUCUGAAGGCUUAUCCACCCAACGGAGCUCACUGCUCAACAGCCAUCUGCAGUGGCUGCUGGAUAACUACGAGACGGCGGAGGGGGUGAGCCUCCCGCGAUCGACGCUGUACAACCACUACCUGCGUCACUGCCAGGAGCAGCGGCUGGACCCGGUCAACGCCGCCUCCUUCGGCAAGCUCAUCCGCUCCAUCUUCAUGGGGCUGCGGACACGCCGGCUCGGCACCCGAGGGAACUCUAAGUACCACUACUACGGGAUCCGUGUGAAGCCGGACUCUCCGCUCAACCGGCUGCAGGAGGACAUGCAGUACAUGGCCCUGAGGCAGCAGCCUGUGCAGCAGAAGCAGAGGUUGAAGCCGGUGCAGAAGGUGGACGGCUCGGGGGGCGAGAACAUUUCGGGGAGCAGCCAGCACGCACCCAGCGCUGCAGAGCAGACGGUCAUCGCACAGAGCCAGCACCACCAGCAGUUUCUGGACGCCUCCCGGACUCUUCCGGACUUCGCGGAGCUCGACCUGGGCGACACCGAUGUGGACCUCAUCACCCCCGACGACGUGAAGACGCUUCAGGUGCUCUACAGAGAGCACUGCGAGGCGAUCCUGGACGUGGUGGUGAACCUGCAGUUCAGCCUGAUUGAGAAGCUGUGGCAGACAUUUUGGCGUUAUUCGCCCUCCACCUCCGUAGAGGGCGCCACCAUCAACGAGAACAGCGGGUUGAGCGAGAUCGAGGGGCGGCUGCCGUGCCCCAGGCUGCUGAUGCUGUGCCGGAACGAGGCCGUGCUCAAGUGGAUGAGCGCCUGCGAUCACGUGAUGUACCAGGCCCUGGUGGAGGUCCUCAUCCCCGACGUGCUCCGACCCAUUCCUAGUGCCUUGACUCAAGCCAUCCGCAACUUUGCCAAAAGCCUGGAGGGCUGGCUGAACAGUGCCAUGGGCGCCAUCCCCCAGAAGAUGGUCCAGACCAAGGUUGCUGCUGUUAGUGCCUUCGCGCAGACGCUGCGUAGAUACACGUCGCUGAACCACCUGGCGCAGGCAGCGCGCGCGGUGCUGCAGAACACCUCGCAGAUCAACCAGAUGCUGAGCGACCUCAACCGCGUGGACUUCGCCAACGUGCAGGAGCAGGCCUCGUGGGUGUGCCAGUGCGAGGAGGGCGUGGUCCAGCGUCUGGAGCAGGACUUCAAGGCCACGCUGCAGCAGCAGAGCUCCCUGGAGCAGUGGGCCGCCUGGCUGGACAACGUGGUGAGCCAGGUGCUGAAGCCCUGCGAGGGCCGGCCCAGCCUGCCCAAGGCCGCCCGCCAGUUCCUGCUCAAGUGGUCCUUCUACAGCUCCAUGGUGAUCCGGGACCUGACCCUGCGCAGCGCUGCCAGUUUCGGGUCCUUCCACCUGAUCCGGCUGCUCUACGACGAGUACAUGUUCUACUUGGUGGAGCACCGCGUCGCCCAGGCAACCGGCGAGACACCCAUUGCCAUCAUGGGGGAGUUUGACGACCUCAACACCAUGUCUCCUGCAAACAUUGACAAAGACGAGGUGAGCGAGAUGGAGAGCGAGGUGGAGGAUGAGGUGGAGGACUGCGGGGAGCCAUUGGCAAAGCGAGAGAAGGUGGAGGUGAUCCAGGUGCUCCAGGUGGGGGCGCUGGAGGGGGGGGGCAGCGCCGUGGUGGGCGUGGUCCAGCCCGGGGUGCUCGCCUCGCUGCCCCAAACGACCCCGGGACACACGGAGCACAUCCUCACCCCCACCAUCCGCCACUGCAGCUCCACGGGGAGCACCUACACCUCUGUCUGAGCCCUCCCCCCCCCUCCCCCGCCCCCAAAACUCCCCUCC